ACAGCUGGCUGGUCUGUCAUUUUAUUGAAGCGCAUUUUUCUGCUCGUUUUUUUUCGGUUUUGUUUCGGCAAAAAAGUAUCAUUUUUAUGUUUUAAUGGCAGCAUUUUACUAGAAUCAAGAGUAGUUAACAAAAAGCGUAACCUUCGAAGCUUCCAGCUGUGAUCUUUUAGGUGCCUUUUUUGUUGUGCUUGUGCUCACAAUCGCCAGUAGUAUAGGAAUCCGGCCACAGAAUGGUCCGUCCGAAGACAUCCCGCAAUGGCAAUUCCAAACGGAACCGCACCAGCUACCAGGAGGAAAAAGUCAACGCCAAAUUGAGAGAUUAUGACAUUUUAGCCGAUAGUUUAGUAGCAAAUCUGGAAGCAAUUUUUAACGAUAAAAUCGAAGAGAUGUCCCGGGCGUUCAAAAUGGAGAAAACCCGCCUGCCCAAACAUGUCCUGCAGAUGCGAAUGGGUGAUCUGAGGCUGAUCGGAGCCAGCACAUUUGCCGAUCUAGAUAAAGUUACGGUGGAGCCGCCGAGUGACACCAUGAGCUCGUUAGGAUCCAGCAGCCAGCUGUCGCAUAGCUACAAUAAUAAUACGGGAUCCAAGGGCGAGAAGAAGCAAUCGCGUGCCGAUGAAGGAUAUCUUACAGAGGACAGUGCAACGAGCAACCGAAACUCAGACCUACUAUCGUCCGCCAAAGCACGCCCCUACGGCCCCCUAGCUUCCGCCAUGAAAAAUAGACGACGGAGUAAAUCUGUUUCUUCGAAUUCCACUCCCUCCAAGCAGCAAUCGUCGCUCCUGUUCAGCAUCAAAUCGAAGAAAACCUUCGGCGGUUCUCAAUCCCUGUACGCCGAUAGCAAUCGCCUAUCUCGAUCUAAAUUCCGUACACCCGUCCCGGGCAGCAGGCUGAAGCAAACCGUCAGUGCCGACCGAGGUAUGACCCUGAUCACUCCCAAGGUGCAACCGAAUACGCCGAUGGCCAUGAUGCGCCAUGCCCGGCUCGGCGAGAGCAUCUACUCCAUAACCGGAAGUCCGGUCAUAACGGCGGCCAUGGUGGAAGAGAUGGCCAACGUGAACAUUCCGAUCCAAAACGGUAUACUGUCGCUUCGGCCGACUGAGAUGGACUCGAUUGAUACGGGUCUGGUGCAGAAAAUCGAUUCGGACACCUUGGAGCACCUGAAAAAGCUGCAGAUGAAUCUGAACAAGAUCAUGCAGAUGGCUGAAGGUAAUAACUUCCAGAAGAAGUAAGUUUGUUUUAUUCUUAUUUAUUAGCUUUAUAAUUUUGAAUCAGUAGACUGUUCUUUUUUAUGUACUUGUUCCUCUUCAUGUAAUAAAUGUAAUUCCAAUUGUGGUUUAUUAAAAUAAAUUAAAUUUGUA